UUCCGCUUGUUCAGUCCGGCCAGUAGUACAUAAAUUAUAAAUGUACUAACUACUAAGUAUAUUUGUAUAUCAAUGAUGGGAUUCACUGCGGAUAUUGUUUCGGUUCGGUCGUUCGCGCGAAUAAUAUUGUUGGUGGAGUUAUGUUUUCUGUAGUCUUCUGAACGACAACGAUAAACUGUCACAAUGAAAAACAUCCGUAGUAAAUUUAAAGGUAUUAGUAAACAUUAUACGACAUCGAGUCUAUUUCCUGAAUUACCUCCAAUUGAUUUCAAACCUUUACCAUACAAAGGCAUUUCUUACGAAAAAGCACAGUAUAUGCAAUUGAAUAAUGUGUUUCCUCAAGUACAAAUGUAUGAAGAUCCUUUACUUUUGCAUGAAGGUAAAAUGCAAUGGCUGUUCGAUUACAAAGGCAAGCGGUACUUGGACAUGUUUGGAGGCAUAGCGACCGUUAGCGUAGGUCACUGCCAUCCAAAAAUUAUUGAAGCGAUCGCAGAGCAAUCAGGUAUAUUGGGUCACGUGUCCGGAGCGUACGAGCAUCCAAAAAUGUAUGAGUACGUGGAAUCGCUAGUGUCAAAAAUGCCAGGAGAUCUAAAAACUGUGUACUUAGUAAACAGCGGCUCUGAAGCCAACGAAUUGGCGAUGUUGCUGGCUCGAUUGCACACCGGAAAUCAGGACGUGCUAUCCAUCCAGAACUGUUACCAUGGUGUGUCUGGAAAUUUACAUGGGCUGACGGCACUGGCGUCAGCCAAGUUUAAUAAUACGCCGGCUGGCAUUUCCAUUCACCAUGCGAUGUGCCCGGACGUUUUCAAAGGCAUCUGGGGCGGGAGAAAAUGCAGGGACUCUCCUGUGCAGACGCAACGGUCUUGCGAAUGCGACCGGAAUCAUUGUCGUGCAGCCGACAAUUAUUACGAACAGCUGGAGAACAUUUUUUCAUACUCGAUACCCCGUGGCAAAGUGGCCGGAUUUUUUGCCGAGUCCAUCCAGGGCGUUGGCGGAGUCGUUCAAUUUCCAAGAGGUUAUUUAAAAAGAGUCUACGAACUAAUCAGGAGUAACGGAGGUUUAUGCGUGGCCGACGAAGUACAGACGGGCUUCGGCAGGACUGGCGAACACUUUUGGAACUUCCAAUCACAUGGCAUCACUCCAGACAUUGUGACAAUGGCCAAGGGCAUCGGGAAUGGUUUUCCGAUGGCCGCUGUCGUCACUACGUCUUCAAUAGCGCGAUCGUUGAAUUCGGCUUUUCAUUUCAACACUUUCGGUGGAAAUCCUGUUUCCUGUGCCGUGGGUGUGUCAGUGUUAAAAGUAAUCGAAGAAGAAUGCUUGCAGCAAAACUGUUUGGAAGUGGGCACAUAUUUUCUCGAGAAGUUGUGCGGCAUGAGACGUGAAUGGAAAAUAAUUGGUGACGUACGAGGCAAAGGACUGAUGAUCGGGGUAGAGUUAAUAGACGGCGAUCAAGACGAUAUAGACAAUAUAGGCGUAAUUAAUCCUCUAAACUGUCGAGCUGUUUCUCGUAUUAAAAACGAUUGCUUAAAAAUGGGACUUUUGUUUGGUGUCGGAGGAAUUAGAUCAAACGUACUGCGGUUUAUGCCUCCCAUGUGUGUAACGAAAGCUGACGUUGACUUCACGAUUGCAGUUUUGAGACGAGCUAUGCAAAAUUAUUACGAAGCUAAAUAUCGUAAUAAUCUUUAAAAUACAUUUUUUAUUUCUAUAUAACCAAAAUGUAUUUAAUUACAUUGUGCUUAUAAUGUAAUUUUUAGCGUGUUGACAAAAAUGGAUUACCUUUUUAUUAAAAUAUAUUGCUUAAUAAUAAUUAUUA